AGUUCAGUUACAUGCUACGACGUAAACGACUUUCUUAGUUUCUUCCUCCACAAGAUAAAUUGAGGCUCGUAAAGAUAAAAUUUAAUUAUUCACUUUUUGUUCAUGUUCAUUGAUUCACAAUCUUUCUCUUCAAAUUCGUUUCAAUUGUGUUGUAAAUUUCCCCCUUUUUUUAUAAUCAUCAUACUUUUUCUCCCUUCUUCCCUCCUCGUUGUAGUCCAUGCUUCCCUUUUACAAUACUCUAUGGUUAUGUCCAAAUUUCUUCACUAAAUAAAUUAAUCACGCUGGAAUAAAGUUACCAAUCUACAUUAGAAGCAUAAAUAACAAAACCUACGUAUAUCAUUGAGGAUGAAUCACACGAAUCCAGUGAAAGAAGAGUACUUGGAAUCAUCGUAUCAAUUGGCUAGUGAAUAUCCACCAAAGCCAAUGGAGGGACUUCAUGACACGGGACCCCCACCAUUUCUCACCAAAACUUUUGAUGUUGUGGAUGAUCCAGCAACCAACCACGUAGUUUCUUGGAGCAGAGACGGCACAAGCUUUGUGGUUUGGGAUCCACACACCUUCUCUACAUGUCUCCUUCCUAGAUACUUCAAGCACAACAAUUUCUCAAGCUUUGUCAGGCAACUAAACACUUAUGGUUUUCGAAAGAUUGAUCCAGAUAGAUGGGAGUUUGCAACUGACGGGUUCAUGAGAGGGCACAGGCACCUGUUGAAGGGCAUAAAGAGAAGGAAGGCACCUGCACAACUAACACGAGGUCACCACAAUGUUGAAGUUGGAUGCUUUGAAUUGGACAAAGAGAUUGAUCGUUUGAGGCAUGACAAGCUGGUGUUGAUGAUGGAGGUUGUGAAUCUAAGACAGCAGCAACAGAAAGCCAAACUGUGCAUUGAGGAGAUGGAGCGAAGGUUACAAGGGACAGAAAUCAGGCAGCAACAGAUGAUGGCAUUCUUAGCUAGAGCUAUUAAAAAUCCUGCCUUCAUACACCAACUCCAACAGAAAGAGAAGAAAAUGGAGCUUCAAGAAGCCUUGACCAAAAAGAGAAGGGCAAUUGAGCAAGGAGCUAGAGGUGUUGGAGAAUCAAGCAGUGUUAAAGUUGAGGCCUUGGAAUUUGGGGAUAGUGAAUUUGGAAUUUCAGAGUUGGAAAUGUUAGCCAGGGAAAUGCAGGGUUUUGGAAAAGGGAUGAUAGACAGGGAAGUAGGACCUGAGGUUCUAGAAUCACAAGAGAGGCUGGAUAGAGUAAUUGAUGAAGAGUUUUGGGAAGAACUAUUGUGUAGUGAAAAAUUUGAGCGUGGAUUAGACAUGCCAACUGCUGAAGAUAAAGAUGAAGAUGCUGUCAAGGUGUUGGCCAAUCAACUUGGUUGCUUUGAUUCAAGUCAUUAAGGGAACCAUGAAUUAUUUCCCUUUCAAUUUUGUUCAAUAGGUUCACGACUUCAAGUCAAUUAUAGAGGAGGCACAUAUGAUAGAGUCAUCCUUGUUGGGACAGUAUAUUACAAAAUGGAGAUAAUUUGAUUUUUGGUGUUUCUAAUUCUAGCUAUUUAUGUCCUUUGAUAGCUCUAGUUAAAAGAGCAAAUUCUCACUUCUCUCAAUUGUUUGUUUGGGUAGGUUGCAGCUGGACAUAACAAACGUCUUUGGUAGUGAAAACGGUCAUUAUUUUACCUCAAGAUUACUCAGAACUCAGAAGAUGUGGAAUGGACAAGUAGCUGGUCUCCAACAAUAAUAACUGAUCAAGACCCAGCUGGUGGUUAAGGUUGUCGGUCUGAUUUUUUUUUUUUUCACACACCUAAAAUACCAUGAUCGACUCUUUUAUGGAUGAUGUUACAUAUAUGUACUAUGUAGCUUGGUUUCAUCAGUCAUCACAUGCACUCUUGUAAAAAAAAUCAUUUGCAAACUUCAAGAAUACGAGAGAACCCUCCAUUUUUUCUUUUCUUUAGUUGUCGUUCCCUAGAGGGUAUACAUAAUCACAGCACAGUGUUGCAAGAGAAGUAGAACGGUAACCUUGGGAAACAGAUUUCUCUCUCUCUCAUGGUGAUACCCACACUGCCACUAGCCCAAGUACCUCAACUCAAGACCCAAGGGAUCGGUAGGAUAUCCAACAAAUUCGUCUAUUUUUAGGCUUUGUUAUUGGUGUCUUUCAUUACAAAAUGUAGGGCUGUGAUUAUGAACAGUUAGUUUCUUUCUUUAAAUGAUCUUUGUAAUGCGUCAUGAAUGAAGAAUGUUUUAAAUUUCUUAA